AUGAGCCUAGAAGAUGACGCACUCGAGUUCUACUCACCCUAUUAUCUCGAUGAAGAUGAAAAUUCAAACAGACGCUCGACUAUUAUACUCAACCAAGCGGAAGACAAUUACGUUAUUUGGAAACUUUCUUUUACUCAAUUACUUCGAAUAAAGAACAAACUCGCAUUCGUCGACGGAACACUUGAGAAGCCGGAAGCUUCCUCGCCGCUUUAUAACCGAUGGGAACGAUGCAACGCGUUGGUUAUGUGUUGGAUGUGGAAUUCGAUGACGGAAGAACUUAGCAAACGUGUGAUGUUUGAUGAAACGGCGCAAAGAAUGUGGGAGCAUGUCCGACGUAUAUUCGUCCCCGACGUUGAGUUUAAGAUUUACCAGACUCGUAGGAAAAUCGCGGAGCUGAGGCAAGAUGGUGACUCGGUAGCCAAGUAUUUCGAGAAAGUGACCAAUGCUUGGCUGGAGUUGUCGGAGUAUGAUCCUGUGAAAAAGUGUUCUUGCGUCGGUUGCAGCUGCGAGAUCACUAAACGAGCAAAGGAGGCGAGAGAUAGGGAGGAGGUUUACGCUUUUCUGAUGGGAUUGAACAAAGAGCUCAUUAAGAAAUCAAAAAUCAAGCUCAAGAAACCUCCUCCGUCUCUUUACGAAGCCUAUAAUAUGGUUGAAGAUGCAGAAUGGAUGAUGAAGUGGUCAUGGCGCUAA